AUGUUUACCGAUUCAUUCCUGGAGGCGGUGUUCACGGCAGAUACAUUUCCUGUUACUACCGGAAGCCGGCCGAACUGCCGUGGCGCGUAUGUAGGAUCGAAUGGUAUCGGAUCGACGGCAGCAGCAGCGAGGAUGCUCUGGCUUUUGGCUUUAACCCUGAUCGUCCAACAGUCGUCUGCCGGGCUCAGCUGGUCACUGUCCACGGAAGCUCUUUGUCGGAAGUCACUCAACGUUGCGCGUGUUGCUGAGGUCGUUGGAUCAUCGGUCGACAUGUGGGCCGUGCGACUGAUGGCCAACAGGCGGACGCCUCACACCGAAUACCUGCCAGGGUACGGAAUAUGGCCAGCUGGGCCUGUUUACGUACUUUAUCCUGCGUCAUAG